UUGUGGUGACUUUACGGUGAGCCAGGGACGAGCCUGUGUGUGUGUGGUGUGGAUUACUAUUGAAGGCAUGUCAGGAUCCUGUUCAAAUUGCUGAAUUGAACGUGAACGUGAUGUCUAAGCUCAGGUUUUGGCUGUGCCUCUUUAUUCUGGUGUCCUCGAGGAUACGCCACACGCAGGGCUGGUUCUGGUUUGAUGAUUCGAAAGGAAAUGCAAAGGGCACACAGACACCGGCUUACCUGACGACUGUAAGGCCCACGUCCCCACCGAGGACAGAACCGCCCAGAACAACAGGUACAAGUGCUUCCGUAACUGAGGUCCUGAAAGAGGUCAGUUCUGAUGGAGGUCAUUAUGAGAGCAAAUCACAGUUCAGGUCUGGGUUGGGGGUUGAAUCAGAAUCUAGCGGGUCAUGGUCUGAAUUAGCUUCCGGAUCCGGAUCUGCAUAUGUUACGUCAACCGACUUUUUGGGUAUUGCUGGUGAAGAUGCUAGAUUGCAUGUGUUAAAUGUUAAACUUGAGACCAAAGAGGAGCAAAUGGAUGGACUUCAGCACAUCAGCGACCCAACAGACAGUCGAUUUAAUGAAAGCAUCAAUUUUUCUCAUAAAAAUGUUAGCACUUAUAAUGGGCGUAAUUCUACAGAGCAUGAUGAUUAUGAUAACACGACAUUGUAUUCCUCAGAAUACUCUGUCUCAGAUAGUCUACUAACAAAUGAAAGCGAGUUUUUAGUAGCUAGCUUUUCAACAGCCGUCGAAACCCCGCGCUGCUUGCCAGUCUAUUCUGAUUUGCCAUUUUGCACCAGAAUGGGAGUGGAGAGUUUCACAGUACCAAAUUUUCUAAAUCAAAGCAGCGUGGAGGACGUUCGGGUGGUUUUGACCGAAUGGGCAUGGCUGUUGCGGUCAAACUGCCAUUAUAGCUUGGAAUGGUUUUUCUGCCUGCUGUUGACACCUCGGUGCGGCCCACCUGGACUGCCGCCCCCGUUGCCCUGUCGCAGUUUCUGCGAGGUCCUGCGUGACAGUUGCUGGACGCUCCUGGAUGAGGGCCGCCUCCCCGUGGAGUGCCAGUCUCUGCCCGAAGAGAAGCAUGAUGGGUAUCGGUGCUUGUCAGUUAGUAACCAGAAAGAAGAAAGCGGAGUGUCGCUGUUGCAGUUAAUUGGUGAUCCUCCACCUGAAGGCGUCUCCAAAGUCUUCGACGAUGCUAACAACCCCGGCUAUGUGUUUGACCAAAGCUCCAAUGUGGGUCAGUCAGCGGCGGGCCACCUGCCCAAAACUUUCUUCCGUGACUUCUCCCUCAUCUUCAACAUAAAACCCACAUCCUCCAAGCCCGGAGUCAUCUUCUCCAUCACUGACCCAACUCAGAACAUCAUGUAUGUUGGUGUGAAGCUGUCAGCGGUGGAGAAGGGCAAGCAGUCCAUCAUCUUCUACUACACCGAGCCUGACUCUCAGAGCUCAUAUGAGGCAGCCAGAUUCUCCGUGCCCUCCAUGCUGAACACCUGGACUCGGUUUUCCAUUAGUGUUUUGAACGAACACGUUUCCCUCUACUUCAACUGUGACUCAGAUCCUCAGGUCGAGAAUUUUGAGCGGUCUCCAGAUGAUAUGGACCUGGAUGCAGGGGCGGGAGUGUUUGUCGGUCAUGCCAGUGGAGCAGACUCAGAUAAGUUUUUGGGUGUUAUCGGCGAUAUCAGGGUGUUGAAAGACCCUAGGGCAGCUGAACGGCACUGUGAAGAAGAUGAGGAUGACUUUGAUGCGAAUCUCCAGGGUUCAGGUGAUUACGGAGCAAGUGGAGAUGGAGAGGGACCGCCAUCAGUUCAGCCGACCCCUCCCUCGUCUCGGCCGAUCCAGCAGCCGCCGGUGACCAGCAGACUGCAUGAGAAGCAGCAGACAGGUGCAAAAGGAGACAGAGGGGACAGAGGAGAGAAGGGUGCCAAAGGUGAAAGAGGUCUUACGGGGCCGAAGGGUGAUGCAGGAUCUGAAUCUGUGUCUGGUAGUAGUGCGAAAGGAGCAAAGGGUGACGCAGGAGAGAAAGGAAUGAAGGGCAAUUCUGGUUUUGGUUAUCCUGGAUCAAAGGGUGACCCUGGCCCUCCGGGGCCUCCAGGGCCUCCCGGUCCCCCAGGGCCCAGUGCAGAAGUAGAAGUGAGGGGAGAUGGGUCAGUCGUGCAGAGGGUGGCAGGACCAAGAGGACCACCCGGACCACCAGGACCAUCUGGCCCUGCUGGAGCUGAAGGGGAACCGGGUGACCCUGGUGAAGAUGGAAAAGCUGGUCAAGUUGGACCUCCUGGUUUUCCUGGAACUCCUGGGAGUCCUGGACUUAAAGGAGAUAAAGGAGAACGAGGUGAAAGUCAGCCAGGACCUCGUGGACCUCCAGGGCCUCCUGGCCCACCGGGACCCCCAUCUCACUCUGAUAGGCCUACAUUUGUGGACAUGGAGGGCUCUGGAUUUGAUUUGGACAGUGUACGGGCAAUGCCUGGUUUGCCUGGCCUUCCUGGUCCUCCUGGUCCCCCCGGCCCUCCUGGUCUCCCUGGCACUGGGUCUUCAGGCUCUGGUGGUUUUGGACCUCCUGGUCCUCCUGGACAAAACGGAGCUCCAGGUCAACCGGGACUUCCAGGUCCAUCAGGUGCUGAUGGAAAACCAGGCUUACCUGGCUCAAAAGGAGAAAGGGGUGAUGCCGGUGAGCUGGGCCUACCUGGACCUGUGGGAGAGAAGGGUGCCAAAGGUUCAUCUGGUGCCGCUGGCCUUCCUGGAGAGGGUGGACUUGCUGGUCUUCCAGGACCAAUGGGACCUGUUGGACCUCCAGGACCCCCUGGUCCUCCUGGCCCAAGCUAUCAUGUUGGUUUUGAUGAUAUGGAGGGCUCUGGCGUUCACUUCAGUUCAGUCCCUGGAGUAAGAGGACCGAUAGGAAUCCAGGGACCUCCUGGUGCCCCAGGACCACAAGGUAAACCUGGCUUACAAGGAUUUCCUGGUGAGAAAGGCAGUGAGGGAGCUCAGGGAAAAGAUGGCCAGCCUGGUUUGGACGGCUUCCCUGGACCACAGGGACCAAGGGGCGACAAGGGAGACCGAGGUGAUAGGGGUGAACCUGGUCGAGAUGGAAGUGGACUCCCAGGUCCACCCGGCCCCCCCGGACAACCUGGACAAAUUAUUUAUCGUUAUUCUGAAAAUUAUGAUGAAACUGGAAGACCAGGUCCUCAGGGAGGGGGUGGUCUUCCUGGUCAAGCAGGCUUUCCAGGCCCAGUGGGACCAAAGGGUGACAGAGGAGAACCUGGCUCACCAGGCUAUGGCAUUAAGGGUGAGAAAGGAGAACCCGGAGUAAUUCUUGGACCUGAUGGAAACCCACUCUUCCUUGGUGGACUGACAGGCCAAAAGGGUGAGAGAGGGCUUGCUGGACCAGUCGGACCUUCUGGUCCAGCUGGACCUUCUGGUUUGAAAGGUGAAUUUGGAAUGCCAGGCAGACCCGGCCGUCCAGGUGUGAACGGAUACAAAGGAGAGAAGGGAGAACCAGGGUCAGGCUCUGAAUAUGGCUACCAAGGUCCUCCUGGUCCCCCAGGACCCCCUGGUCCCCCUGGACCUGCUGUGCCCUUGGACAGAUUUGGUAGAUAUGAAGAUUAUUCGAGGCACUAUCCAGCUACGAAAGGAGAGAAAGGAGACCAGGGAGCUCCUGGUGUUCCAGGUUUUUCCUCUAACUUUGAUAUAUACGCCCUAAAGAAUGAGAUGAAGGGGGAGCGUGGUGAGUCUGGUGUUAAAGGAGAGAAAGGAGAGCCAGGAGGUGGAUUUUAUGACCCUCGUUUUGGAGCUGUACAAGGACCACCAGGAAACCCUGGACCUACCGGACCUAAAGGAGAUUCAAUCAGAGGUCCCCCUGGACCGCAGGGCCCACCAGGACAACCUGGAGUUGGUUAUGAUGGUCGUCCAGGAAACCCAGGACCUCCUGGACCGCCUGGUCCUCCAGGGUCACCGUCAUUGCCAGGAGCCUAUAGACCACCACUCAGUAUUCCCGGACCUCCAGGUCCCCCCGGCCCACCAGGAAUUCCUGGCACUGGAUCUGGGCAGGUGACUUUCUUGAGGUCUUAUGAUAUAAUGAUAGCCACAGCACGCAGUCAGAAUGAAGGUGCUUUGAUUUACAUUUUGGACAGAAAUGACCUCUACCUCAAAGUUCGGAAUGGAGUCAGACAAGUGAUGCUUGGAGAUUAUAAACCCUUAUAUGGAGAGCUGGACAAUGAAGUGGCAGCGGUCCAGCCGCCCCCUGUUGUUCACUAUUCCCAAGACCACACAGCUAACAAUGGAGCAGAGCAGAUUUCUCCACCGCUGCCGCCGAUCGAAUUUCCAAGGAGGGAGCCAGAGAACAGAAACCCCAGUCCACCUGACUCCCGUUACCCUGACCCACGAUACCCACCCUAUACUGAUAACAGGUACACUGAUCCUGUACAACCACACAGAUACCCCGUACAACCAGAGAGGAACCCCAUCACUCCAGCCCGCCGUCCCAGCCCCCCUGUCGGUCAACCAGAAGGCCACGUCCACACUUCUGGACCAGGGCUACAUCUUAUUGCCCUGAAUUCUCCACAAGUGGGCAACAUGAGAGGCAUUCGUGGGGCAGACUUCCUGUGCUUCCAGCAGGCUCGGGCUGUGGGCCUGAAGGGAACGUUCAGGGCCUUCCUGUCAUCCAAACUUCAGGAUCUCUACAGUAUAGUUCGCAAAUCUGACAGAGAGACAUUACCAAUUGUUAACCUCAAGGAUCAAGUCCUUUUCAGAAGCUGGGAGUCUCUCUUCAGUGACUCAGAGAGCAGGAUGAAGGACAGUGCUCCUAUCUACUCGUUUGAUGGCAGAGAUGUCCUGCGGGACAGUGCCUGGCCAGAGAAGAUGAUCUGGCAUGGGUCCAAUGGCAGGGGUCACAGACAGACGGAUAACUACUGUGAGACGUGGAGGGCCGGAGACCGUGCGGUGACGGGCUUGGCCUCGUCUCUGCAGGCUGGCCAACUCCUCCAGCAGACUUCCAGCAGCUGCUCCAGUUCCUACAUCGUGCUGUGCAUCGAGAACAGCUACAUGACACAAUCCAAGAAAUAAAGCCGUCCUAAAGAGCCUUUGAACACUCGACACAACUGUUUAUACAGGCCCAGUUUCACUCCAGUAGAUGCCUGUACCUAACGAA